AUGGGUGGGAAGCAUUGUGCGCGUAUAUGGUGGCACCAUGGACAACAUCAUUCUUCAACCCAAGUAGCUGCUGAAUCUGUUGCCUCAGUCAUGUCCAGUCCUAGUUUUUCAUUAUUUUCUAAUUCUCCGUAUGUGUUUAGUCCUAACCCUAGCAGUAGUCGUGUUGAAAACACAAUUGAAAAUGUAGAAUUAGAGGGUGAAAAAAGAGAAUUUAUCAAAGACGCAACUUCGAUGUUUAAGAAAACAUGCUUUGGAUAUUUUUUGGAUCUGCCACCAGUUAUUGUGCAGAUUCGAGUUAUGCACCAUUUGCUUAUUAGAGAAGUACAUCAUGAGGUGAAAAAUGAGAUGCGGUUUGUAGUGAGUGAUUCUAGGUUGCACUUUGGUUUGGGUGAAUUUGCACUCGUUACUGGGCUGAAAUGUAAGGGUGAUACAAGUAUAGAGAGCGUAGAAGAGAAUAAGUUAAUUUCAAAAUAUUUUGGGACUGCAUCUGUGAUAUUGGCCCAACUAGUAGACUAUUUUACGAAGAAGAAAUGGGAAAUAGAUGAUGAUGCAUUAAAGAUAGCAGUUCUUUUUAUUUUCUGA